AGAUGUGACCAGGCGUGACGAGGGGAGGUCAAUCUGUUCAUGUCAGAAAUAAUUUUUGUGUUAAAGUAAAAGUCGGCAUGUGUGCCUAAAAUUUAAUUGAAUAUUUUUUAUAUGUAGAAUUUUAUCGUUUUUUAUUAAGUAUAUCUCAAUAUUAAUCAAUUCAAACAAUGUGUAGUAUGUAAUAACAGAAAUGAUAAUUAUUGAAUAAUCAUGGAAAAAGAUUAUAAGUAAACACGUUGAGUUGUUUAUCAGUAUUUAGAAUCGGAGUAAAAUUAUAACCCAAAAGUUAGAAUAUUUCAUUUUAAAUUGCAUGUGUAUUCACGGAUAAAUUUAUUCAAGUUUAUAUGAUUAAAGGAAUUAAUAAAUAACGAUGCACAGUGAGAAUUGUCCAUUAGUCAGUUAUCAUGAUGAUUCCGAAAUUCCUUCAGUACAUUCAACAAUAAACGUCUCUGUUUUGGAGGAAGAUCUCGCUAUAAGUUCAUCAACUCUUGGUACAAGAGACAAAACAAAUGAAGAACCAGAAUCAGACUAUAUAUCUUACAAGUCAAUAAACAAAGUAAUUUAUGUAAAUGAAGAAACGAUGGAUUGUAAUUAUUCAGAAACCACGGAAACACCAAAAAAGAACAAGAUACCAAACCAAGAUGCUACAAGUCCAGAUCUAUUCAAAAGUGACGAUGAAGAUACUGAUAAACCACCAAUAUCGAAAAAUUUUAAACGAAUAUUAUCACAACCAACCGUAAAAAAAAUACCUCCACAUAAAUUAACUCAAGAGGAACUAAUAAUUCAAUCAGACAGCUAUUUACUCACAAGAACGAAUAAAUCUGUAACAGGAAUACCGCCACCACCAAAAUUCACAAUGUGUCAAAGUGACUGCACCGAUUUUCUUAACCAUAUCAGAAAUAACCGUAAAUAUUUCUGGGCAGAUCCUUUUUCUGACGAUGAUAAAAUUUCCAACGACGAAGUAGCUACAAGUACAACUAUAAACUCCACUAUUACUACUACUACCGAUAGCAGAAGUUCCACAAAGUCUGAUUUAAAAGCACCCAUAAUAAGCGAAAUAAUUUCAACGUCACGUCCACGUAGUUUAAGAAAUUUGACCAAUGCCUUUGAUGCCUGUGAUCAAUCAAGUAGCUUAGCGUCUGUAAUGCGCACAGAAUUAUCUAAUGACAGUGCUGUUACUGAUUGUUGCAGUAAUACACAAACAAAUAGCACAAGUACAAGCACGGAAACGAUUAACGAGCGAGUAAAUAUUAGUAAUUUUAAUAAUAAUUUACAUGAACAUGAAUUAAGUAGUUUAUCAAGUCUUACAGCAAGUAUGGCUUCUAUUAGUACUACUAAGUCAAUUUCAGUGAAAGAUAACGACAGACAUGUAACAUUUGAUAUACCUAAAGAAAAAUAUCUUGCGAUUUUUCGUACCAUCGAUGACAAACGAGCAAAAUCAUUACCCUGGCCGAUUAUUUACAAACACAGAGCACCAGGUAUUCAUUACAAUAGAAAUAAAUUUAUCGAGGAAUUUGAAAAUUUAUCAACAAAAUUAUGUGAAAGAUAUAUUGGCAAUGAAACACAAUCAACUUGCACGAUUUGGUUCACCAAACAGGCACCGGGUAGCGCAAAAAAACGCACUCUGUUGGGUAAACGUGCUAUUGGUCAGAGUCCAGGUAAAAGAUUGAGCCAUUUAGCGAGGCGUCGUAAGACGUUUUCAAGUGCUAAUUUACAGUGUAUGGCUGAAAAGAAGCAGAUUGUACUUAAUGUCAAAAAACCAAUUAUUAAGAAGGGAAAAAGUCCGCGGGGUAAGAGUCCGCGCGGUAAAAGUCCGCGUAGUUCAGCGAAAAAACGACUGAGUAGAAGGUUGAUAUUAGAUGGACAGAGUCCCAGAAAAACUAAGUUGGAAACGUCAAAACGUGCGUUAUUUCAAAGUCCUACUCACGAUCGCGCUGGACCGAGUGGGAAAUCUGCGCCAUUGAGUAUGAAUAAUCCACAGAAAAUUAAACGUGCAUUAUUUCCAACAGCUCAGAAGAAAGAAACCGUGACGAGUAACGCUGAAGAAAUGACUAAAAAGAGAAAGAGUGAUGAGGAAUUGGAAGGACCUCGAGUGAAGUGGCCAAAGAGUUUGUCUUUUGACUGCACAUACAAUAAUUUGGACAGUUCACGAGAGUCGUGGAGCAGUGAUAGAUAUUUAACAGGAAAUGUACAUUUAAAAAAUGAAUCGCUUUCGCAACCAGCCAAAGUUGGCCUCAGUGAUAAUAAUAGAAAAAAACUACUGUGGGCGGUUUAUCAAGCUUUACAAUCCAGAGGCAUUAACAUGGAGCAUCCAAAGUUUAAGCAAUACGCAAAUCAACUCGCGAGAACUGUAAGAAAAUACAUGCCUGACUUGGAAAACCGUAAUAUACCGCGUAAACCGGGCAGCACUUGUGAUCGCAUGUUAAAAUUAGCUAAUAUUCAUGUUCUUCUUGUUGUCGAAGCUAAAUGAAGGGAAACUUAGAUAGUUAAUAUUAUUAAUUAUUCGUAUAUUUGUUAUAUUGUAAUUUGUUAAUUAAUAGGUACCAUAGUUAUGACAAUGAUUAAAUAAUUUUCUUUCAGCUUUACUUAUAAUUUCUAAUAUAUAAAUAAUGGUUAAUAUAUUUACAAUAAUGGUCAUGAUUCUUUUGAUCAUGAACAUUAUGAUUCUCCGUGUUAUU